AUGGAGGAGCACAACCUCACCGCGGUGACCGAGUUCAUCCUGCUGGGCAUCACAGACCGUCCUGAGCUGCAGGCUCCACUGUUCGUGCUGUUCCUCAUCAUCUACCUGACCUCGCUGGUGGGCAACGUGGGCAUGAUCGUGCUCACCCAGGUGGACUCCGGGCUGCAAACACCCAUGUACUUUUUUCUCAGACACCUGGCUCUCACAGACCUUGGCUAUUCUACAGCGGUGGGACCCAAAAUGUUGGUAAAUUUUGUUGAGGAACAAAAUACAAUUUCCUAUUGCCUUUGUGCUACACAGCUGGCUUUCUUUCUUCUGUUCAUUAUUAGUGAGCUUUUUAUUCUGUCUGCCAUGUCCUAUGACCGCUAUGUGGCCAUCUGUAACCCUCUGAUGUACACUGUUGUCAUGUCUACAAGGGUGUGUUGGGUUCUAGUGCUGAUUCCCUAUCUCUACUGCAUGUUUGUUUCUCUUCUGGUCACCAUAAAGAUUUUUACUUUGUCCUUCUGUGGACACAACAUCAUCAGUCAUUUCUACUGCGACAGUCUCCCCUUGUUAACAUUGCUGUGCUCAGAUACUCUUGAAAUUGAGGUGAUAAUUCUGAUCCUAGCUGCUUUUAAUUUGAUUUCCUCCCUUCUGGUGGUUCUUGUGUCCUACUUGCUCAUCUUUAUUGCCAUUCUCAGGAUGAACUCAGCAGAGGGCAGGCGCAAGGCCUUCUCCACCUGUGGGUCCCACCUGACCACGGUCUCAGUGUUCUAUGGAACUUUGAUAUUUAUGUACGUGCAGCCCAAGUCCAAUCACUCCUUUGACACUGACAAAAUGGCUUCCAUAUUUUACACCCUGGUCAUCCCCAUGUUGAAUCCCUUAAUCUACAGCUUGAGGAACAAAGAUGUCAAAUGUGCUCUUCAUAGGACUUGGAAAAUGAUAUGCAAGCAUUUUUCUUUCAAGUCAUGUACAAUAUAA